AUGGCCACAGAGGAUGCCGUCGCACAGGUGUAUGAGUACUUGAAGCAUGCGGUCACUUCCGACGACGUCACAGAUGCUGUCCCAGAAACGUCGGUACGUAAGUAUGUUGGCUCACUUGACGAGAAACGUAUGUUUCACGGUAAGGGUGUCCUUUAUUCUGCAAUGGGCUUCCGCUACGACGGGGAUUUUGUCCAUGGGAGCAUGGAAGGUCGGGGCCGAAUUACAUGGAGCAAUGGUAUCUCCUACCAGGGUGAUUUUCAGGGCAAUGCCCCAAAUGGGAAGGGCGUCUUCACCUGGUCUAACGGGGACAAGUACGUAGGAGAGGUAAAAAAUGGUGUGCGGCACGGCAACGGAGAGAUGUCAACGGCUCGGGGCGUGUAUACCGGCGCCUGGGCCUCGGGUGAGCGCCAUGGCAAAGGGCGUCAGACGUAUUCUGGGGAUUCUUACUACGACGGAGAAUGGGCAGGCGACAAGCGUCACGGAAGGGGCAAGUUGGUGUACCCCAACGGUGACGUAUACGACGGCGGGUGGGACCACGGCCAUCGAGACGGCUUUGGGGCCAUGGGGUGGAAGUUCGGCACGACGCACUACUUGGAGGUGUAUGAAGGGCACUGGAGGGACGAUGUCCCGCAAGGGCAUGGGCGCUCCACCUACGUGCUGCAUUUAGACCCAGAUAAAACGCCGCAGGACGUCGAUACCCCGAUAAACUUUUCCCCUCCCAUUCUAUCCGUUGUCAACGUUUACGAGGGUGACUAUAUGCAGGGAAUGCGACAUGGCUUCGGCGUCUUCUACUACGCGGACGGAGGCACCUACGAGGGCGAGUGGUGCCGUGGAAACAAAGAGGGAUAUGGAAGGUGCACAACAAGCGUAGGGACCUCACAUUAUGGCGUCUUCCGCGGCAAUGAGGCCGAGCAGCUUUUCAAGGACGCGGAAGGCCCAGCAACUCUGCCAAACAUUGCCCUAGCAGACUUUUUUGGCAUCGCAGACAACUCGCUUGAAGAGGUCAAGUCAUCUAUACGAAUGCUCUUGGUGCGCUUUAACAAAACUCUUAGAACUUUGUUUGACACCUACGGUGGAAAGUUUGACAACGUGAAGCUCCUCACAACGAAUCCCAAUUGGUGGCGGCACCGCUCUCCGGGCCACAUCUGUAUCCCACAGUACCUUCGUCUCUUGAAUGACGCGCACGUCAUCAAUGGCCGUGUGAGCAUCUCCGACGUGAUGAAUUGCGUGCUGUUGACUAUUGAGGCAGAGGCCGAGGCCGAGGCGGAGGCCGAGCGCGUGGCACCCUACAGUCACUGGCGUGAGAGGAUGCGUGCACUUCAGGAAUCCAUCUUGCGGCUUGAGGGUAGUCUUAACUACCGACAAUUUAUAGAAUCCCUUGUGCGUCUGUCGGUUAUUGCGUGCGUCGGCUGCAACGCCACCGAGCUUGGGCAGCGCUUCUUGGUCCUGAUGGAAGGGUCACUCAAAAAGGAGCAGCUCACAAAUGAACCACUGUUUCCCCUGACAAGGGAGAACGAGGCACAGUUGCUACCCCUUCUUCCCUCUUUGGAGGCACUCUUUGUGAGAAUGGGAGCCGAACCCAAAACGCGGACUUGUGACACCUUUGUACUCUUGCCUGUUCGCGAUUUUAUUAUCUUUUUCCGCACCAUGUUUGAUAGUCAUGGAGUCACUUUAACUGAUGCCUUGAGUUGCUUAUUUCCCUUUGAUCGGUUCGUGACCCCAGGCGUUGUACCUACCGCCAUUUGCCCGCCGCGUAACGCGCUAGGGUUUUCCAUGUAUGAAAAGAGCUGCGGGUCCCAAGGGGAGUUGGCGGCUGUGGUGGUGGCGUCUGAGCGACAGUUGACAUUUGUCGAGUUCGUGGAAGCGGUGCUGGGCGCCCUGGGCCUCGUCGGCGUGACGGACCAAAAAAACAUGCUUGAGAAGCUACAAGAAAUCCUUGCGGCAAAGUCGCCUUGA